CAGAAUCCAAGGCAAACUCACAGAAGUAAACAGAAGGGCAUUCUCAUUCUGUGAUCUUCCCACCUAUAAUUGAUUUUUCUGUUAGUGAUGGCUGCUGAGGGAACAGUGUUGGGAAUGGAACCCAAAACUUCCUGCAUGCUAGGUCGGUGCACAGAGCUACACACCCAACCCAGGAGCUAAGCCACACACCUCCUGUACCAUCUACCUGGAAUAGCUCCUGAUGUGCCGAACAGGCCCUCUGCUGGCUCCAGACCCGGGCUGCGGGGUGUCGGUGUGGCUCCACCAUGUCGAAGGUGUCCUUUAAGAUCACACUCAUGUCGGACCCGUGGCUGCCCUACAAAGUACUCAGUGUUCCUGAAAGUACACCUUUUACAGCAGUCUUAAAGUUUGCAGCAGAAGAAUUUAAAGUUCCUACAGCAACAAGUGCAAUUAUUACCAAUGAUGGAAUAGGAAUAAAUCCUGCUCAGACUACUGGAAAUGUUUUUCUAAAGCACGGUUCAGAACUAUGAAUUAUUCCUAGAGAUCAUGUUGGAAGUCAUUAAUACAUGCAACUUGGAGCACAGUUACCGACCAAAAUGAAUAUUGAUGUUUGUUGUUGCUGUAAAAUUGAAAUCAUGUCUUUAAGAUACUAUGAAAAUAACAGGAAUCAAAGAAACAAUGAAUGGUGGCUCUUCUGUCCCUUGUUGUUCAUGCUUUUCAUAUGAAGUGGGAAGCCCCAUGGGUGGAGGGC